GGGAGGGAGGUUUGGAGGGAGGGUACCAGAGAUGGGAUGGGUCUUCCCACAAGUCAGGGGUUGUGGGUGGAGGCACCAAAGAUGAGAGAUGGACAGGCUGGGGAUUGGGAGGGGAGAGUGCCAAGGUGAGCCAGGCUGCCAUUGCUUCCCAGCUCCUUCCGCCUCCCCACUUCACCCUGCCUUUCCUCCCCACUCUCUCCCUCCUGGUUCCCACUCCCAUUUGGACCUGGCACCACUCCCUGGGCCACUUUGCCCAAGCCGUGGAGGUGGAACAAGGAUGCCCACAGAGGGCCACGGGGCCACUGGAGGUCAGCCCCAAGACCUUCACCAGGGACGAGGAGAAGGAGUGUCCUCUUGACGGAGACCUCAGGCUGGCCUCUUCAAAACUGGGGGCAGCUCCUUGGAACCGCCUCCUCACCUUGUACAAGCAGCUUCAGAAAUCAGCCAUGACCAAGUUUCCUCUCAAGGAAGGCUUGCCUGAUGAGAAAGGCAAGGAAAAGGAAACGGAGGAAGAGGACAGCUCAUUCAAGCUCUGUGUCCCAGGCAUUGUCACCCUACAGUCACCGCUGCAUAAGACUUUUAGGUCAACAGAUACAGUGGGAAGUGAGAACACGCACACUCAAGCACGCAGGAGGGAGCCCACUGGCCAGGGAGUUUCCUGGGGAAGUCAUGGAGGUGGGGAGGUCGUUAUGCGGCCAGCUCCAGGUUUCGUGGAGUCGGAGUUAAAGAAGCUUCUGGCAGUACAACGGGAGUCCCGCCUCUGGAAGAUGGGCAGCCACGAGGGCCGAGAGCUGCUGACCCAGCCAGAGAUCACCCUGGAGGAGGCGGGCAUUGUGGAUGGCCAGGGACACCAAGCUGAGGGGGAAGGAAGCCAUCCCCCAGCCUUUGGGGAAUGCUGGGGACCUAGGGGAGGGGCGCUGAGGCAGCUGAAGCACCACCCUAGGCUGGAGGGAGGGGUGCAGAGCCCCCUUGGUGUGGUGUCCAGGACAGAGCACUUGCUCCUGGAGGAGAUGGACGAGAUGGGAAACUGGCCUCCAGAGUGAAGCUGGUGCUGGACCCGAGUCUGCCCUGCUUCCACAUCCCUUCAGCCUGAAUAGGGAUUUAGCCUCCCCCUCAUGAAGGCACAUCCAAGGCGCCCCUGGGGCCAAGGUGUCUUGAGAUCAAUGGUAUCCAAGUGUCUGCAGGGUGGGCCUGCCCAGCAGAAUGUCCCCACCCAUCAGACUCAGGCCUGUGCUUUUAUUAAUAAAACCCACUUUGACUUUG